AUGAACGAAGUCAAUCAAUCUAACAUUUACGAUUUUAAAUCUAUAUCAACAGUAAAUAGAAAUUGGGCAUAUGAUGUAGAUGGAAGAAAAAUUUUGUUGUCGUACUUCAAAGAAAUAAAAGCAGAUCCUAAUUUAUCUGGAAAAUUGCUCUAUAAAUAUGAAUUUGAACAAGAGAAUUACUACGUGCUGGACAUUUGUAAUCGUUCCUCGUCACGUAAACGUAAAUGGAAUGGAACACCAGCAGAUGUUGAGCUUAAACCCGCGUAUAAUGGUCCGUUACCUGUCUCAAAAGCUCUACAUAAAGAUUUGAAUAGUUUGUGUGAAUUAAAUGCUAUACCGGCUUAUUACCAAAGUUUCUUUAAAAACCUAACCGCUGAAAAUUACAUACCGCAAGACACUUUCGAUGAGGAUUAA